UUGCCUAAUCGACAAGCUAUAAGUAAUUGGAUUCUUCCAACAUAUUCUGAAAAGCUAACUGAGAAAAUCUUGCAACAUGCAUGUGCAGAUAAAAUUGGUGUAACUGCUGCAUUUGAUGACUGA